AAAAAUAUAACAGGGUAGGGGAGAAACAUAGCUUACCUCGGCCUCAAUCGUCCCAACUCCCACCACAACUGCAAAUUGGGUGCUUUGGCUAACUCAAAGAGAAGUAGAAAGAAAGUGGUACAGAUAAAAUGGAAGAACGAGAGGGUGGAUUAUGGGACGAUUCUGCUCUCAUCAAUGCCUUCGAUGGUGCCAUCUCCAAGUACAAGAAAAUGCACGGAAUAGGGUACAAAGGGAAUCUAAAUACUUCUGCCGCAGAUGUCAAAAACUGCAAUUCUGAUGCACUUGAUGCUAGUCAAGAAGAUAAAAGUAAACCAGAACAACUUGAUGGGAGCAAUGAUAAUGGUUUACAUGCUAUACCAGAAGUGGGAGAGACAGAAACUCUGGAAGCAGCUAAAGGUAAUGAAGUUGCAGAUUCAGAUGUUCCUGUAGAACAUGCACCUGGGUCAAAUGGUUUUCCCCUUCAGGAUCAGUCCUGGAACCAUUCAACCUCAGUUGAAAUGGAUGAAUAUAACGAGCUAUGUAAACAGUAUUAUGAAAUUGAGGAACAAAGGCAAAAGAUUUUACAGAACCUGCAGCAAAACUACAGCAACUAUUAUUCAAAUUUUAGUCAACCACCUACUUGUGGCUGGCAAUGGGGGACCUAUCCUGCUGUCCAAGAAUAUCAAUCCUCUAUAAGUCAAGUGCCUUGUGGGGGAAUGGCCAUUUCUUGCUGUCCACGUGUCUGUCAAUAUUCAAUGGCUUCUUGCUCUUCUUUACCUUGCCCUUCAGCUGGUGUUUCUGCUACUAAUCUUUGUGUGGAUCCUUGUGCAACAAAAGAUCUGGUAAAGAAGCCGGCAAUGGAAGAUGGUGAUAUCGUUAAAACAGCGAUGGGAGUUGCAGAAAUAGCAAUCUCGACAUUAAAGAACCAAACUUCUGACUCGAAUGAGAACAAAAUUAGCGAGGGAGCGGAACAAAAUGCAAACUCUGGAACAGAUCUAAGCAUAGUCCUGAAUGCAUGGUAUUCAGCAGGUUUAUACACUGGCAAGUAUCUAACAGAGCAGUCUCUUGCUAAAAAGCAACAUGAUUAGGUACACGUCAUGGUUCGUAUAUAUGGUUUUGGUCACAGUUGUGGAAAUGAUUGCGGUUUCUUGGGAACGGAAUGGAUACAUUCAACAGAGAGCGCAUCAUGGUUUAUCAUACUGUUAUUUGCACUAUAAAUAUUAUAAGAUUAGCUUAUAGAACAUUUGCUUUUCCCCUUAGAAUCACCAUAGAUCUCAUGAUUUAUGUUUGCUUGUCUCCUCUUCCCCUCUAUCUAUAUCAUUUUAUGUUGAUUAUGCCAUUA